AUGGUCCUCACAGAUUAUCUCUCACCGCUUCUCCUUCUAAUCUCCAUCACCUGGAUUUUCACCAUCAUUAUUUUAAACUCCAAGGCCCGCAGGCCCAAAAACCUUCCUCCAGGCCCAUUUCCCCUCCCGAUAAUCGGCAACAUCCUUCACCUCGGCCCGAAACCCCACCAAUCACUCGCCAAGCUCUCCCGAGAAUACGGUCCCGUGAUGUCCCUCAAGCUCGGAGCCAUAACAACUGUCGUCAUAUCCUCGCCGGAGGCCGCCCGAGCCGUGCUCCAAAAACACGACCUCGCGUUUUCCAGCCGGAAAAUCUCGAUCGCUAGUGAAUCCCUAGGUCACGACGUGUUCUCCAUGGUGUGGCUCCCGGUGGACAGCCAGUGGCGCAAGCUCCGCAAGAUAUGCCGGGAGCAGAUGUUCUCAGGCCCACGGCUCGACUCAGGCCAGGGCCUGAGGAGUGAGAAAUUGGGCCAGCUACGUGGGUACGUGAAGUCGUGCCGCGAUUCGGGCCGGACCGUGGACGUGGGGGAGGCGGCGUUCACCACGGUCCUGAACCUGAUGUCGGCCACCCUGUUCUCCAAGGAGUUUGCCGGGUUCGGGUCGGGAUCGUCGGGCGAGAUCCGGGAUGUUGUCUGGGGGGUGAUGCGGAUUAUUGAUGAGAAGUUGAGAUGCAGAGGAGAUAAUAUUAAGGAUGACUUGUUGGAGGCCCUUAUUGAGCUUCAUCUCAAGGGUGAAUUGAGCAGGGACGAUAUUAAGCAUAUGUUACUGGACUUAUUUGCAGCUGGCACGGACACCUCAUCAAGCACGGUUGAAUGGGCAAUGGCGGAGCUUUUGCGCAAUCCAUCCAAACUAUCCACACUCAGAAACGAAAUAAAUGACGUCAUCAAUGGAGUCGAAAACGACGAACAAUCGGUCCAAGAAUCGGACAUCCCUCGACUCCCAUACUUGCAAGCCGUGGUUAAGGAGACGCUUAGGCUUCAUCCGCCGGCCCCUCUGUUGGUCCCCCACAAGGCCAAUGUCGAUGUCGAGUGGCGGAUUGAAGAAGGGAUAGAAUCCGAAGUUCUUGAUAUGGACGAGAAGUUUGGGAUCACGCUGCAGAAAGCAGUGCCUCUUAGGGCGGUCCCUGUGAAGCCGUGA